AUGUCUUUUUCAGUACUGGUAGCAGCUUUGGUAGUGGUGGUUGUAGCAGCUGUGUUGCUAUGGACAUGGCGGAUCGUGAAGUGGGUCUGGAUCAAACCCAAGAUGCUGGAGAGUUACCUGAAAAGACAGGGUCUUGUCGGAACUCCUUACACGCCGCUCGUCGGAGAUAUUAAGAGGAAUGUUAAUAUGAUGAUGGAGGCGAGAUCUAAACCCAUCAAUCUAACGGAUGAUAUCACACCACGUCUCCUUCCUCUCGCCUUGAAGAUGCUCAAUUCUCACGGAAAGACUUUUUUCACAUGGUUAGGACCAGUACCAUCCGUCACAAUCAUGAAUCCACAACUUAUCAAAGAAGUAUAUAACAAAGUUUAUGAUUUCCCCAAGACGCACACGUUUCCUUUGGCUGCAUUGAUAACUGAUGGACUCGCUAAUGCUGAUGGAGAUAAAUGGGCGAAACAUCGGAGAAUCAUCAACCCGGCAUUCCAUUUUGAGAAGAUCAAGAAUAUGGUCCCUGCGUUUUAUAAAAGUUGCAACGAUGUUAUGUGCGAAUGGGAGAAGUUAGUUUCAAGCAAAGGAUCAUCGUGUGAAAUUGAUGUUUGGCCAUGGAUUAUUAAUUUGACCGGGGAUGUGAUUUCUCGUACCGCUUUUGGUAGCAGCUACAAAGAAGGCGAAAGGAUAUUUAUACUACAAAAGGAACUAGCACAUCUCAUUAUACAAGUUCUUGGGAAGAAUUGCAUCCCUGGAUAUAGGCAUUUCCCAACAAAGAAUAAUAGAAGAAUAAAGACAAUAGUUAGAGAAAUUCAAGGUAUACUAAAAGGGAUCAUUAGCAAUAGGGUAAAGGCGAGAGAUGCUGGAGAAGCACCGAGUGGCGAUGUGUUGGAUAUACUUCUUGAAUCAAAUUCAGGGCAAACGAAAGGAAAUGAACUGACCACUGAAGAAAUAAUGGAAGAGUGUAAGUUGUUUUACUUCGCGGGGCAAGAGACCACUUCAGUACUUUUGGCUUGGACAAUGGUUUUGUUAAGCCAACACCAAGACUGGCAAGCUCGCGCACGGGAGGAAGUAAUGCAAGUUUUUGGCGAUAGCAAUCCCGAUCUAGAAGGCAUUAACCAACUCAAAGUUGUGAGGAUGAUUAUUUAUGAGGUCCUUAGGCUAUAUCCUCCACUCAUCGAAAUGAACCGAGCGGUCCACAAAGAGAUAAAACUAGGCGAUCUAACACUACCAGGCGGUGUUCAAGUCCAUAUGCCUAUUUUGCUAAUUCAUCGCGACACUAAGCUUUGGGGAAACGAUGCAUCUGAGUUCAAGCCGGAAAGGUUCAAAGACGGGAUCUCAAAGGCAACAAAGAACCAAGUAUGCUUCUUGCCCUUCGGAUGGGGACCUAGGAUCUGCAUUGGUCAAAAUUUUGCUUUGUUGGAGGCAAAGAUGGCAAUGGCAUUGAUUCUGCAGAGAUUCUCUUUCGAGCUUUCUCCCUCUUAUGUUCAUUUGCCUUACAAAGUCUUCACCAUUCACCCACAGUUUGGAGCUCAUCUUAUCCUGCACAAGCUUUGA